AUGGCUAAUCAAUACCUUGAUCUCGAGGUCGCUCCCGCCGACAUCGCGUUCGGUCUGAUGGCCGACUUCGAUGCCAACCCUCAUCCGAAAAAGGUCUCGCUGAUCGCUGGAGCAUAUCGCGAUGAGAAUGGAAAACCUUGGGUCUUACCCAGUGUCAAAGAAGCAAAGAAACGUCUCAGCAAAGCUACACAUGAAUACCUGGGAAUAGCGGGCUCGCCCAAUUUUAUCAACCUGUCAAAGGACCUCAUAUUUGGCCCCCUCACAUCGAGCCUUCAAGCAAACACAGCAUCAAUUCAAACUGUCUCGGGCACAGGCGCGAACCACAUCGCUGCCACCUUUCUCGCUCGCCAUCUGCGCCCUAACCGCGUCUUCAUCCCCUCUCCUACGUGGAUCAACCAUAAGUCGAUUUGGGAAAUGGCCGCUGUACCGGUCGCAGAAUACCCAUACUACUCUUCUGCCACGAAAGGAGUAGAUCUUCCGGGGAUGCUGAGCACUCUGGACCACGCCGAGCCCAACGACGUGGUCAUCCUACAAGCUUGCGCACACAACCCGACCGGCGUGGAUCUGACAAAGUCCGAAUGGAUGCAGGUCACCGGCCUUGUGCAACGAAAGAAGCUAUUCGUAGUAUUCGACAGUGCAUACCAAGGCUUCGCCACAGGCGACGUCGACGGUGACGCGUGGGCGGUCCGCCAUUUCGUGGAGAAUGUGCUAGCGGACUCUGCGCAUCCGGGUUUGCUCGUGGCGCAAUCGUUCUCCAAAAAUUUCGGACUCUACGGAGAACGUGUCGGCGCGUUGCACUUGGUUGUCGCGCGGUGCUUUUCAGCGCAGGGCGCGCGUUCUGAGUUAAUGGGAAUCGCGCGGGCCGAGUACUCCAAUCCACCGCGGUUCGGAGCGAGUAUCGUCGAGACGGUGCUUGGUGACAAGGACCUUCGAACUCAGUGGAAGGUCGACUUGGAUACGAUGAGUUCGCGCAUCCACAAGAUGAGGUCUCUGCUACGACGGAGACUGGAGGGGGAAACCGGUCGUGAUUGGUCUCAUGUUGAGAAGCAGAUUGGGAUGUUUAGCUACACAGGGUUAACGAAGGAGCAGGUAUCUCAACUCCAGGAGGAAUUUCAUAUUUAUCUGUUGCCGUCAGGUCGGAUGAGCGUGUGUGGGCUGAAUGAGGGAAAUAUCGACUACGUUGCGCAAGCUAUUGGGGAGGUUUUGAAGAGAACUAGCAUAUCCGACAGUCGGUAA